AAAAAAAAUAUAUUUGAGAGAGAGAGAGAGACAUAUUUCGAUUUGGGUUCUUCUUCUUCUUCUUCUUCUUCUUCUAUUAAACCUCUCUUUAAGCUUUGUCUUCGUCUCUGACCACUUCGCUGCGGCGUCUCUGCUACUGCUCACCUUCACGGUAAGUGUGUUUUGUUAUUCUCUCAAAACAUUUCAAAUGGGAGACUCAGAAAAUGUUCAACAACCAUCAAAGAAGAGAGGUGCUUUGAAGCAGCUAUCUCGUGACAACCCUGGUCUUGAUGAUGAGGACGAUUCAGCUGAAUUUGAGACUGGAACUUUCAAGAAGGCCAGUGAUGAGGUAUUGGCAAGUAGAAGAAUUGUCCGAAUUAAGCGUAAGGAGCCAUCUGCUACGCCAGCUGCAGCACCCAAUCCGUUUGCUGGAAUUCAGUUGGUCCCUACUACCGCACCUGCUUCGACUCCUGUGGUAACAGAUGCACCUCUGGCCGAGUCAAAAUUGGCUCCAGCGGAAGCAGUGGUUGAGGAUAAUCAAAAGGAAAUUGAUAUUGAGGAGGGUGAUGAAGUUGACAGUAAGAAGGUUGAUGUCAAAGAUGCUGCUGGGGAAGAGACUGAAAAGACUAAAGAUGAGGAUGGUAAGAGUGCUGAUGACCAAGUUGCUGAGGCUGAUGUAGCUCAGACCGUCUCAUGUGACACAAACGUUAGCAUCAACGCUGUUGAAGGAACAGACCAAACUGAAGAUCCUCUUGAGAAGGAUUUAGGAGGUGUUCAGGCUGAGAAAAAAGAAAAAGAGGGCAACGGAAUCGAAGAAGCAGAUAAGAACGGCAAUAACGGCGCUUUCAGUUCAUUCCACCAGCAUUCAAGUAACAAAAACGCAUUCACCGGACUUGCCAGUACAGAGGCUUCUGGUUCAUCGUUCUCUUUUGGUUCGGUUUCUCAGGAUGGUUCAACUGGUACUGGGUCUCUCUUUGGCUUUGGCCUUCCAAGCAGCAAUACCUCUUCUCUAUUCGGUGCAACUGGAUCUUCCAUUAUCAAAAAGAGCGAAGGUACUGGGUUUCCACCAAAGCAAGAGGUUUCCACAGAAACAGGAGAAGAGAAUGAGAAAGUUGCCUUCUCUGCUGACUCGAUUAUGUUUGAAUAUCUUGAUGGAGGAUGGAAAGAGCGUGGGAAAGGAGAGCUCAAGGUUAACGUCUCCAGUAAUGGUGGUAAAGCAAGAUUAGUUAUGAGAGCUAAAGGAAACUACAGAUUGAUCUUGAACGCUAGUCUGUACCCAGAAAUGAAACUUGCAAGUAUGGAUAAAAAAGGAAUCACAUUCGCUUGUGUGAAUAGUGUAAGCGAAGGCAAAGAAGGUCUCUCUACAUUUGCACUGAAGUUCAAAGACCCGACAAUCGUGGAAGAGUUUCGUGUAGCCAUUGACAAUCAUAAAGACAGUAAACCAGUGGAGAAAGCAGAAGAAGCAGUUCUUCCUCUGAAGACACCUGAGAACUCUCCAACAGCCACAGAUGCUUGAAGAAAAGGUAAAAAGAAAAAAAAUAUGUAGAAACACUUCUCUAUUGUCGUGUGUCUUGUCUUGUUACUUUUAAUUAGUUGAAUUUUGAGGCAGAGGAAAACUAAAUAUUUGGAGAAGUUUGUUGCUUUUGUUUUUCCACAGUUGUUGAGACUUUUUAGUUAUAUGUUUAAGGAACCCAUAUUGACUUAAGCCUGCCUCCUUGAUCUCUUUAUAUGUUCCAUAUGAAUGUGACUGGACCAGACAGGUUUCGAAUUGGUCCUGACAUUUUAAGGGUUUAA